AUAGGCCCCGCCCUCUGGUCCGUCCAGAAACUCUGUCCGGGUAGUGAAAUAGUUUUGUUCCUAGUACGGUACCAGAGUCUCGCAUGUCUUUAGCAAGUUUACGUCUACUCACCUGUUUUUCAUCGAAAGAAUAACAAUUUAAGCGUCAACUGAUGGCGGUGAACACAGGCACUUCCCUGGUGCUCUCCAGCCUCUUGUCGGUGCUGGUGUUUGCUGGGAUGCAGAUGUUCAGUAAACAGCUGGCAUCCACUGAGUGGUUCACCAUCCUUGGAGGUUUCUUGGGCUCGGUCCUCUUCAUCUGCUCUCUCACUGCCUUUAAUAAUCUGGAGAAUCUGGUGUUUGGGAAGGGAUUCCAGGCCAAAAUCUUCCCAGAAAUUCUGCUUUGCCUGUGCCUGUCGAUGUUUGCGUCCGGCCUGGUGCACCGCGUCUGCGUCACCACUUGUUUGAUAUUCUCCCUUUUUACUCUGUACUACAUCAACAAAAUAUCUGCUGCUCUUUACCAAGCAGUGGCUCCAGCAGUAACACCAGCCAAGACUGCCAGCAAGGGAAAGAGGAAGAACUGACGACCCGUUUAGUAAAACUACUGGUUUUCCAGUCAUUAAAGCCCAUGUACUGAUAAUUCAACAAACAUGCCCCCCCCCACACACACACACACACACACAAUAUUUUCUUAGUUGAUGUUUAUUCAGGAUUUUUGUUCAGAAAUUAGAUUAACCACAAAUUAGUUUUUUGAUUUUAAAUAAAGCGCCCCGGUUGAGAUUAUCGUUACAUUCCAAAUGUCCAUCUUUCCUUAGCACUGGAGGCUUCAACGAGAUUCAUGCGUCACGUCAUGUUUUCUGUAUAUGCACAAGUUCUUUUUAUUUGUUGGUUUCCUCAAUUUUAUAAUUAAAAAAUUGUGAACAACC